UUUGGUUCCUUUCAUUCACCGCUCCCUGUCUUUUGGCCGGUUCAGGCUUUGUGGCCUCUCUAAGACACUGGGCUUGUAAGAUUCUGUGCGCAGAUUUGUCCCUGAGGGGCUUCUGUCCUGUACAUCCAACUUCUUCUUCGUGGUCUUUGCGAAUCAUACAAAUGGGUUGUACUGCGCCUGCGCAGUGCCUUCGGAAACUUCUGGAAUCACUAGGCAAAGUACACUUUGCAACAUGUAGAAACUUUUUGGUGGUAAUCCCGCCCAUCCCCUAUAAAACCUCCGUUCCCGCUCUUUUCCCCAGUUCCUUUUUUCCGCCGCGUUAGCUGCCAGUAGGAACUUCGCUCUCUGUCUCAGUAUAGGAAUCACUGGAAAAUUGACUCGGACUGUUCUUUUGACUCUUCUCUGGCUUGCCCUUAAACUGAUUUGGCUUAGACCCUGGACUGUUUCUGACCUCGCGAUUUGUCUCUAACCCUCGGUUUCUUCUUCCUGGCUCGCUGCCAACCAGACCGUCUGACUUCAAUCUUCAGAUCAUGCCAUCGGUGCCUUUUAAAAAGUGCUCCGUUUGUGGGGGUAAGAUUCCCGGCCAGGAUCCCCAUUCAGCCUGCCUUUUUUGUCUAGGGGAGACUCACGUCCUGGCUUCUUGCGCCUUGUGCAAGUCCCUAACCCCCCAGGCGAGGAAAAAUCGAGAGACCAGAUUGAAGGCCGCGAUUUACACCAAGGUCUUCACCUCGGGGGCAAUGUCUUCUGUAGGAGCUUCGUCUUUUACCGCGACCCCCCUACCCACCCUCACGGAGGCUCCAACUCAGUCACCAUUGGCGACCCGCGCUAUGGAGGUCCCAUCUGAGCCCCAGGGCCCAUCUGAAGAGGUCUCCCGGCCCCCGAAGAAAGAUAAAAAGGACAAACAUAAGAAGGCCCCCAAGGAGAGCCGGGAAGUCGACAAGGACUCGAGCGCCCAUAAGGGUUCUGCCUCGAAGUCCUCUGUCCUGAAGGCACCCACUUCCUCCAUUUCGAAGUCGGGUUCCACUUCGAGGCCGUCGUCUACCAAGACCCUGACGUCUCCGGCAGGGGACAAGUCUCCGACACAGACGGGAACCUCUACUUCAUCUAAGAGACCCUGUUCUUCCUCUUUAGAUGGCGACCAUCAUGCGUCAAAACGACGCCGUUCUUUGGAACGUGACCAGGAGGGCUCUCCCCAAGUCCGUUCAGAUAUCGUCCACAGGCGCUCGGAUACCGACCGCAGACCGUCGGACACCGACUCCCGUCCUUCAGAUCCACGCUUGGCGUCCAAAAGGGCGAAAAGCUCGACCUCCAAAACUCAUGACACCAGUACCAGCCGUUCGGACCGUCCCCUCGAUUUGGCUUUGGGGUCCCGGCCUUUACCCACCUUCCGUCACACUUCUGAUGAUGCCGCCCAACUCCUUUUGGAACCUGCUUCCCCUGCUGGCUCCGGAGAUGAGCGCCGCUCACCCACUCCGAUGCCCACUCGUACACGUCGGGUGGUCUCACCAUCUCCACCCAGAGAUCCGGAGCCUGACUACUAUUAUGACUCUGAGACCGGCAGGUACUAUAGACUAGUCUCUCAGGAGGAUGUCGAGUCCUUCUUCGAGCACCGAGACCGGAGGCCCAGGCCGAGAGCCUCUUCUAGACCCUCCAGGGUGUCAGCGUUUUCACCCCGUCGCGCGGAAGCUAUCGCCGAUCCGGAGGUCGUUAACCUUGAAUCAGACGAAGAGGCAUCUUCUCAGGCUCGUUACCGCCCAAGAGGUGACUCACUCUCGUCCCGAGACGACGACUACCAGUCGGUCAACCAGGACUUUGCCCAGCCCGGUGCAGUUUCCCCAUCCGACGACGUCCGAACCUUCGCGGAACACGUCAUUAAAAUGAGCAAUGCUCUGGACAUUAAGAUCUCCCAGACUGAGGAGGAAGCAUCUGACCCGAUCGAGAGACGAGUCCACGGUAGGCUACCUACCCCACCAGCAAUACCCCUCCUUCCCUCAUUGGAGAAGUUGGCCAGACGCUCCUGGGAGGCUCCUGCUUCGACGGCAUCCAACAAUAGGAAGGUCGCGUCCCUCUAUAGAAUCUCACCGACCAAUCCAUCAUGGCUGUUUGGUCACCCUAAGCAAAAUUCAGCAAUCGUAGAGGGCUCUCAACGUUCAUCCACCCCGAAGGCCUCCUUGAUGCCCUCCGACAAGGAGGCCAAGAAAAUCGACGCCUUGGCUAAGAAGGCUUACUUCUCUUCGGCACUGGGCAUGAGGGUAGCAAAUUACAACGCAUGCAUGGGUGCCUACAUCCAGUGGCUCAUGGAGAAAGUCUCCCCUCUUAUUCCGGACUUGCCCGACGAGUCCCAGGCUAUCCUUUCGGAGGUUCGUGACGAGGCCCACUCGAUUGGAGGAUGGCUCAUCACCUCAGCCAGACACACCACUGACUGUUCUGCAAAAUUCAUGGCGGCUGCCAUAGCACUUCGCAGACACGCCUGGCUAAGGUCUUCGGACUUAAACCAGAAUGCUCGCUCUACCAUCGAGGAUAUGCCUUUCGAUGAGGACGGCCUCUUCCAUCGCGAGACCGACGAGAAGCUCAAUUUCAAAUACAGAAUGAGGACCGCGGCAAAGAAACACGCGGAACCUGUGGUUUGCAACGAUCGACUUAAAGGACGCUUACUUCCAUGUCAGCAUCCGGGAGUCCCAUCGCAGGUUUCUGGCGUUCGCCGUCGGGACGGACGCAUACAGAUACAAUGUCCUUCCCUUCGGCCUAUCUACAGCUCCUCGCAUUUUUACCAAGUGCAUGGCGCCGGUGAUAUCACACCUGCACCGCCGCGGCAUGAGGGUCUUCCCGUAUCUGGACGACUGGCUCUUCGUGGCCCCUUCACGUCAGGAACUGCAAAGGCACACCUCAGAGACUCUCAAACUCCUACGGGACCUGGGACUGGUGGUCAACCUCGAAAAAUCCCAACUGCUUCCCACCAGGCGAAUACGGUUCAUCGGCUCCAUCCUUGACUCAAACACUUGUACGGCGUACCUACCUCCAGACCGUUUCCAGGCCCUAAUCCGGGCCGUCGGUCGGUGCACCACCCGAAGGCGUGUCUCAGCCAAGGACAUCCAGGUGGCCUUGGGCCACAUGGCAUCAACAACUUUCGUAACUCCCUGGGCAAGACUUCGAUCCCGUCCACUACAGUCUUGGUUCCUGUCGGUCUUCGACCUGGAAACAGACCCUCCCUCCCGCAGACUCACCAUACCAAGAUCAGUCACACGUUCCCUCCGUUGGUGGCUCGACUACCGGAACGUCUGCGUCGGUAUGCCUUUUUCGCUGCCCCAUCCAGACUUGGUGCUGACCACAGACGCAUCGGAAGAAGGAUGGGGAGCCCACACCCUAGACUUGUGGGCCAAGGGCAUCUGGUCUCGAGACGAGAAGGCGCUCCACAUCAACGCGUUAGAACUGUUGGCGGUGGAAAAGGCCUUAAAGGCCUUCGAGUCUUCAUUGUCGGGAAAGGUCAUCCAGCUCAGGACAGACAACACCACGGUGAUGUACUACCUGAACAAACAAGGAGGCACCAGGUCGCGCACCCUCCUAGACAUCACACUCCGACUAUGGGACUGGUGCAUUGCCCGAGACGUUCUACUACAAGCGGUACACUUACCGGGCACCCAAAACUCUCAUGCAGACCUACUCAGCAGGUCUCCCUCGUCUUGUCACGAGUGGAGGCUCCACCCAGACACUGUACACGAUCUUUUUGCUCGAUGGGGAACCCCACAGAUAGACCUGUUCGCGACCGUGUACAACUCCCAUUGUCCCCAGUUCUGCUCCCGAAUGCCAAACGACGACUCCCUCGGAGAUGCAUUCGGUUUUCGGUGGUCGGGGAUAGCGCUCUACACCUUUCCCCCCUUCCCGCUAAUCACCAGGACGGUCUCCAAGAUGACUUGGGAUGCAGCCGACACAAUCCUGAUCACACCUUGGUGGCCGGGACAGCCAUGGUUUCCUUGCCUUCUUCAUCUCUCUCGAGCCAACUUUCUCCGGCUCGAGACCAGACCGGAUCUCCUCACAGUUCAGGGAGGACGGGUUCGACAUCCGGACAUCGAGACCCUUCCCCUGGUGGCAUGGAGGAUCCAUCCCUAGCCCAGCUACCGACCUCGGUACAGAAUGUCAUCUUGGCUGCCCGAAAACCGGCCACCCAGAAAUCCUAUAGACUUAAGUGGAACAGAUUUCUUCGGUUCCUGUCUGACAAACAACUUGCCUUAGCCCAGGUUACUACACCUGUGGUCCUGGAAUUCCUGAUGUCCCUUAUCGAUGCGGGCCUCUGCCUUACAUCCGUUAAAUGCUACCUGUCCGCGAUCUGCUCUUCCUUUCACUUCAACGGCAAGCCUUCUUUCUUCAAAGACCCCCUGGUCAAACAGUUUCUGAGGGGAUGCAAUAACCUGUAUCCUCAAGCAUCCUUACCGACUCCGGCUUGGAGCCUCGAGACGGUGUUGGGGGCUUUACAGUCUAAACCAUUUGAACCUUUAGCCACCACGGACAUUAGACUUCUAACUUGGAAAACGGUAUUUUUGGUGGCUAUCACAUCUGCCCGCCGUGCGGGCGAACUUUGCGCUUUACGCCGAGACCAGCCUUUCCUUAGAUUCCACUUGGAUAAGGUAGUUCUCAGGACGGAUAUUACCUUUUUACCCAAAGUUGUUUCUGCCUUCCAUAUGUGCCAGGACAUUGUUCUACCUACCCUGGCACCGAGCCCGACUACCAAUGCCGAGCAGGCCCUCCAUACCCUGGACAUUCGUAGGGCCCUAGCCUUCUUUCUGGACAGAACUAAAGACUCGAGCCGUUCUGAGAGACUGUUCCAGUGCUACUCGGAACCGAAAAAAGGACUGCCGGUGUCGGCUCAGAGACUCUCUAAGUGGGUUUCUAAGACUAUUGCCCUAUCCUAUGAACUCUUGGGUAAACCCUGCCCGGGUAGGAUUCGCUCCCAUGCCACAAGGGCUAUAGCAGCCUCUUCUGCCUUUCUGUCUAGCAUUCCCUUAGAGGACAUUUGCAAGGCUGCGGUGUGGGCACAACCUUUAAGUUUUAUUAAGCACUAUAGGUUGGAUACAAGAGCCAAAAGAGAUGCAGCUUUUGGGAGGGCUGUGCUGUUAUCAGGACUACACUGAACAUGUUUGGCGGGAUACUGUGUUCCCUGAUAGCCCAAGACUGUCAUUCUCCAAAGACUCUUUGCUUGAUGUUAUUGGUGGCCCUCAUUUGGGCUUGGUUUAUGAGGUGGGAUUUCAUUCCAAGUUUAUAAACAAACAAUCACUCUUAUACUGGUGUUUAGUCAUCUUUAUUGACUAUUAACUGUUUUUGUUCUCUCAGGUAUCAUGACACUCCCGCCUCCACUGACCUUAGCUUGCCAGUCUCAACCCAUUUGUAUGAUUCGCAGAGACCACGAAGAAGAAGGACAGGUUGCUUACCUGUAACAGUAUUUCUUCGAGUGGUCAUCUGCGAAUACAUGCAAAUCCCGCCUAUCCUCCCCUCAGUGUCCUGCUCAUAUUGGCUCAUUCUUGUCGCCUUCGCGGCGGAAAAAUUGCGGAACUGGGGAAAAGAGCGGGAACGGAGGUUUUAUAGGGGAUGGGCGGAGUUACCGCCAAAAAGUUUCAACAUGUUGCAAAGUGUACUUUGCCUAGUGAUUCCAGAA